AUGGCUAAACGAGGAGCUGAUAAUCAGAAAACUAGAGAGGGUGGUGAUUCCGAUGAGGAGCAGGUGGAGGAUCCUGGUAUUCGAGCUGCUCCUCUUGCCCCUGUGGAAGGUAGAGUAAUCCGAGGAAUGCCUAAACGAAAGGGACUAGGAGGUGCUGCACCUUCGCCUGCCCCACCUGCUUCCACCCCAAAUCCUGCACCAACAACUUCGUCCUCUUCACCAUUCUCAGGAUUCUCCUUCGGUUCAUCCGCUCCUGCUCCUUCAAACCCAUUCGUAUUUGGUGGUUCAGCGACACCUGCUCCGCCUACGGCACCAGCAUCUACACCAGCCCCUGCAUCUUCUAAUCCAUUUUCAGGAUUCUCCUUUGCCAAAUCAGCUGCAACUCCAUCUGCUCCUGCGACCACUCUCUCGACAGAUGCUUCCAAACCCGCUACUCCCGCUUUCGGGUUCGGUGCGAAACCUGCUCAACCCGCUGCUGCGUCUACUACUUCGGAUGCUGCUCCUCCGAAGCCUUUCGCCAAUUUCUCAUUCGGUCAGCCUGCCCCGCCCGCCCCUGCUUCUAACCCAACUGAGAGUCCCCUUCCAGCUCCUUCAGCUCCCAAACCUUUCUCCUUCGGUGCUACUUCGACUCCGUCGGCCUCAUCACCCGUCGCCGCCGCUUCCGCAUCUACUCCUGCAGCUGCAGCCAAGACUCCAACGUCUGGAUCUACAUCGACACCAGCGACUAGUACGACAACGAACGGACCUUCACCUUCUCAGCCGACGCCUCCGCCAGAAGGAGAAGUAUCCUAUUACACCUCUCUUCGUGGCCUGAACAAUUCCAUCCUCUCUUUCCUCACCUCAACACUUGACCAAGAUCAAUUCGCGGAUCUUUCCGUGAUCCUCCCAAGCUUACUCAAGCAGUACGAAACACAUCUUGAUGAAGCAGCUAAGAAAGCAGGAUGGAGACCGGAAGGUACGAAAGCUCCCGCAAGUGUAAAUGUGGAGUCGAGCAAAUCUGUCAAUGGUACAACACCAAGCACAUUCAAGAUGCCUGCUGCUCCUCCAGCAGGAGGGUUCUCGCUUCCCAAAGCACCUACUGCUAAUCCUUCAUCCUCGACACCAUCUUUCGGUGGUUUCACACCGACUGCUACACCUGGUGCGCCUUCUUCAAGCUUCACUUUUGGUGGAGCGAAAGCACCUGCUGCUGCCACCCCACCAACAGCAGAUACUCCUAAGAAGCCUUCAGCGGAAGUGACGAAGCUUGUUGAAGAUGUGAUUUCCGGCAAGGCAGAUGAAGAGAAGAAAGAAGCUCCCAAGCCAUUCACAUUUGGAGCAACUUCGUCAACGUCUACCCCUGAUAGUAAGAAGACCACAUCGUUAUUCUCAUUCGCACCUUCAGGACCCUUACAUCCACCUACACCAGAAAGUAAGACGUUCUCACCAUCAGGAACUCUCGAGAAUGCUACUCCGGCCAAAUUAGGUAAAUUUGGUCCCGGCGGAUCUCAACCUCAAUUAGCAUUUGGAGGAGCGAAAUCCUCUCCUGGUGGUCAAGCUACUCCUGGAACUCCAGCUGCCAACAAGCCUUCAAGUUUUGGAUUUGGGUUCGGAACUUCUUCGUCAACUAUUGCUCCUCCUCCCGCUUCGGGUGGAGCGACAUUCAGCUUCGGCAGUUCAUCGAGUACCCCCGCUGCUGCGCCUACUUCUGCGUCAACAGCAUCGACAUUUUCGUUCGGUUCUAACUCUUCUACUGCACCGAAACCAGCUACAACCGCUCCUUCAUUCUCAUUCGGCAACUCGACUUCUACUCCUGCUGGGACUAGUACUCCAUCAUUCUCUUUCGGGGCUAAACCAGCUGCUACUUCCACAACAACGCCAUCAUCUGGAUUCUCCUUUGCGCCCUACACGCCCAAACCUGCUGGUGAUGCUGAAGGUGUGGCGGCGGAAGGAAAUGCAGACUUACCUCCUGAAAAUGCCGAACCUAGUAAGAAUCUAGCUGAGACUACCGGUGCAGGUGAAGAAGAUGAGGAUACGAUCGUUGAGCAGAGAGGUAAAUUGAAUAAGCUGGAAAGUGGGGAAUUCAAGUUGCAAGGGUUGGGACAAUUCAAAUUGAAGAGAAGUAAAGAUGGUAAGAAGAGGAGAUUGUUAAUGAGGACGGAUGGCAGUGGAAAUGUUAUUCUGAAUAUGUCGGUGAACAGCUCGUUCAACCCCACGGUCGAUGGGCCACAUGUGAAAUUCCUAGGAUUCGAUAAUGAUGGUAAACCGGUACCUUUCGCGUUGAGGGUGAAGAAUGCAGAAGUGGCCAAGAAGAUUCAAGACGAGUUACAGAAGGAAGUUGAUGCGAUCAAGAGCGAAUAG